AUGGUGGUCCAUUACCUCUACCAUCUAGACUACUCUCCCAAUCUAGGUGUUGGACAAGAAUAUACCAAUGGCUACACGACUGGUGCACAUGAGCGUGAUGGCCAAUUAGAAAUGGAUGCGCAUCACGAAGCAGCAUCAGAAGAUGCUGUGAUCGAAGAAUCUAGUUCCGCCCAAGGCCUCGAUGAGUCUGCCCCCAUAAAAACUAUCUCUAAGAACGCGAAGAAAAACAAGAAAAAGCACAAGAGACUGUCUUCUGCCUCAGCUCUGACGGCCACAACGCAGGCAAAUGGCGCAUCAGUCACGGAGACUGGUUUGAGCAACGGGGCACACUGCGCCAAGGAAUACGUUCUACCAAUUGAAGCCCCAUCGCCGAGUAGUCUUGUGGUUCAUGCCAAGGUUUAUGCUCUGUCUAAGAAGUACAACAUCAAUGAACUGAAAGCACUUGCUCUCGAGAAAUUCAGAGUCGAGGCUGACCAAGAUUGGGACACUGGUGAUUUCCUGCUCGCUGCAAAAGAGGUCUACACUUCGACUUCAGCAGCCGAUCAGGAUAUACGAGAUGCGGUAACGACUAUUGUCUACGAGCAUCCUGAAAUCCUAGAUAGGGAUGAGACCCAAGAACUCAUCAAAGGCCUGGAUUUGGGGUUUGAUGUGUUGAAGCGAGUGCGUGCUAAGGGUGGCUUCCAUUAA